CCGGCACUGGGUCAGAGCCGCGGGUGGGCGGUGACAGCCGGGACCCCCCACGGCCGCUCCGGUGGGCUCCAGGGAGGAGGGAGCGGACGGGCAGGGUCGGGAGCUCUGGAAGGGCGGUGAUUUGGGGUCGGGGACUGGGGGCGGACAGGGGGGAGGGGUGCUCAGGGGGAACCGUGGAGGCUUGGCCGGCGCCGGGCAGAGCGGAGCAUCCCCGGACCCGUUCCCCCCCCGUCCCAGAGACCCACCCCCGGCGGCGUGGGGCGAGGGGGGCGCCCCCGCCUUGACGUCAGGAGAAGGGUUUAUAAAGGCGGCGGGCGGCGAGGAGAUCCCCAACGCCGGAGCCGAGCCGCAGCGGAGCCGCCAGCGCCUCCCGCCGCCGCCUCCCGCGCCCGACCCGCCGGCGAGAUGCUGUCGUGCCGCCUCCAGUGCGCCCUGGCCCUGCUCUCCAUCGCCCUGGCCCUCGGCACCGUCUCGGCCGCCCCCUCGGACCCGCGGCUCCGGCAGUUCCUGCAGAAGUCGCUGGCCGCCGCCGCCGGGAAGCAGGAACUGGCCAAGUACUUUUUGGCAGAACUGCUUUCAGAGCCAAGUCAGACAGAAAAUGAAGCCCUGGAGUCUGAGGACUUGUCCCGAGGGGCUGAGCAGGAUGAAGUGAGACUGGAGCUGGAGCGCUCGGCUAACUCAAAUCCCGCUCUGGCACCCCGGGAACGCAAAGCAGGCUGCAAGAACUUCUUCUGGAAAACUUUCACAUCCUGUUAGCUUUUGAAAUCCACCUCUCCUCCCCAUCCAUCCCUGCCCUGCCCUGAGCAGAACCUUCACCACAAGAGGCGAAGACUGUAAAUACACAAUCCACAGUUAUCGUGAAAUUAAACAAACAAGGAAAAUUUGAGUUUGAUUUCCACUUGUUUUAAUAAAACUUUCUGUUCCAAUUGUA